CCCACAACCUCCAUCAUCCAUACACAGAUCAAACGAAAUGUUGAGAUCACUUCGCCUCGCUAACAAGGCGCAGCCCUUGAGGGUUGCUCAGAUCGCCAAGCGCUUCAACUCCGACCGUGUCCAGGGCGCUGUCGUCGGUAUCGAUUUGGGUACCACCAACUCCUGUGUUGCCGUCAUGGAGGGUAAGGUCCCCCGUGUUAUUGAGAACGCUGAGGGUGCCCGUACUACCCCUUCCAUCGUCGCUUUCACCAAGGACGGUGAGCGUCUCGUUGGUGUUGCUGCUAAGCGUCAGGCUGUCGUCAACCCCGAGAACACCCUCUUCGCCACCAAGCGUUUGAUCGGUCGUCGUUGGGAGGACCAGGAGGUCCAGAAGGACAUUAACGAGGUGCCCUACAAGAUCGUCAAGCACACCAACGGUGACGCCUGGGUUGAGGCCCGUGGCCAGAAGUACUCUCCUUCCCAGAUCGGUGGUUUCGUCUUGACCAAGAUGAAGGAGACCGCUGAGGCUGGUUUGGCUAAGACUAUCAAGAACGCCGUCGUUACUGUCCCCGCUUACUUCAACGACUCCCAGCGUCAGGCUACCAAGGACGCCGGUGCCAUCGCUGGUCUUAACGUCCUCCGUGUUAUUAACGAGCCUACCGCUGCUGCUCUCGCCUACGGUCUCGACAAGGCCGAUGCCGACAAGGUCGUCGCUGUCUACGAUUUGGGAGGUGGUACUUUCGAUGUUUCCAUCCUCGAGAUCGCCAACGGUGUCUUCGAGGUCAAGUCCACCAACGGUGACACUCACCUCGGUGGUGAGGACUUUGACAUCGCUCUCGUCCGUCACUUGGUUGAGGAGUUCAAGAAGGAGCAGGGUCUCGACCUCUCCAAGGACCGCAUGGCUAUCCAGCGUAUCCGUGAGGCCGCUGAGAAGGCCAAGAUCGAGUUGUCUUCUACCGUUCAGACCGACAUCAACCUUCCUUUCAUCACUGCUGACGCAUCCGGGCCUAAGCACAUCAACACCAAGCUUACCCGUGCUCAGUUCGAGAAGCUCGUCGACCCUCUUAUCAAGCGCACUGUCGAGCCCUGUAAGAAGGCCUUGAAGGAUGCCCAGGUCGGUGCCAACCAGAUCUCUGAGGUCAUCAUGGUAGGUGGUAUGUCCCGUAUGCCCAAGGUCCUCGAGUCCGUCAAGUCCAUCUUCGGUAAGGACCCCUCCAAGUCCGUCAACCCCGAUGAGGCUGUCGCCGUUGGUGCUGCUAUCCAGGGUGCUGUCUUGGCUGGUGACGUUACCGACGUUCUCUUGUUGGAUGUUACCCCCCUUUCCCUCGGUAUCGAGACGCUCGGUGGUGUCAUGACCAAGUUGAUCAUGCGCAACACUACCAUCCCCACCAAGAAGUCACAGACUUUCUCUACCGCCCAGGAUGGUCAGUCUGCUGUCGACAUCCGUGUCUUCCAGGGUGAGCGUGAGCUCGUCCGUGACAACAAGCUCCUCGGUAACUUCCAGUUAACCGGUAUCCCCCCUGCCCGCAAGGGUGAGCCCCAGAUCGAGGUCACCUUCGACAUUGACGCUGAUGGUAUUGUCAACGUUGCUGCCAAGGACAAGGCUACCAACAAGGACCAGUCCAUCACCAUUGCUGCUUCCUCCGGUCUUUCCGACGCUGAGAUCCAGAAGAUGGUUGACGACGCCGAGAAGUACGCUGAGACCGAUAAGGAGCGAAAGGACUUGAUCGAGCAGGCUAACCGUUCCGACUCUAUCAUCCACGACACCGAGAAGAACCUCAAGGAGUUCGAGGACCAGAUCGACAAGGCUGGUGCCGAGAAGAUCCGUGCUUCCCUCGCUGAGUUGAAGGAGGUCGUUGCUAAGGCCCAGGCUGGUGAGGGUGAGGUUACCGCUGAGCAGAUGAAGACCAAGACCGACGAGGUUCAGAACGCCUCCCUCGACUUGUUCUCCGCUGUCUACAAGGCCCGUGCUGCCGCCCAGAACACCUCGGACGCCAAGCCUUCCGAGGGUGAGGGUGAGAAGAAGUCCGAGUAA